AUGUAUGUUCCAGUAUCCUUGUCAACAGAAGUCAAAAAAGAAUUGCAUGUCUUUUCAGAUGCUUCCAAAGAGUCAAUUGCUGCUGUCUCAUAUUUGAAAACUGUACACGAAGAUGGCAGUUCAGAAAUUGGAUUUGUGAUGGGGAAAGCUAAAAUUGCACCCUUGCAUGGGCAUACUAUACCUCGUCUAGAAUUGUGUGCUGCAGUACUUGCAGUAGAACUUAGUGAAGUGGUACUUGAGAACCUUGAUGAAGAAAUUGAUAUAGUGAAAUUUUACACUGACAGUAAAGUAGUUCUUGGCUACAUCCACAACCAAACAAGACGAUUUUAUGUGUAUGUUGAGAAUAGAGUGAACCGUAUUCACAGGUCAACUAAGCCAGAACAAUGGAAUUAUGUUCCUACAUCUGUGAAUCCAGCUGAUCGAGCAACUCGCUCUAUGGUGAAUGAUUUCUCGUGUGACGACAUAUGGCUGAAAGGACCUGAAACAUUCUUGAGUAGGCGUCAUGAUCUUGCUCAAGAAACUCCACAGCUAGUUCAACCAGAAGAUGAUAAGGAAGUAAGGCCAGAUGCUCUGGUAAAGGCAGCUAAAACCUGUGUGAUUGACAAUUUAUCAAUUGGGUGUCACAGAUUUGAAAGGUUCUCUGAGUGGUAUCGCCUAGUAAAUACUGUUGCUUUAUUGCAGAGAUGUGCAUGUGCCAAAUCAUUUAAAGGUAGAGCUGAUAGAAGUGUAGAGUCUUUCAGAAAAGCUGAAUAUUUGUGA